AUGGCCGACUCAGAGGUUGAAGAAAUGUUAUUGGAACUGGAGUCGGAAAUACUUGCAUUAAAGCUGGAUGACAUUUUGAAGUUAGCACAAAAUAUAAAGCUAGACGAAUCUAGUGUUCAAGGUAAGAGUAGAUUUAUGAUUCUAAAGGUUAUACGGGAAGCUAUAGAAGAGACAGUUGGAACGCUAACUGAGAAAACAGAAUGUGUGACAUAUAUAGAAAGUAUUAAAGUAUUUCUUGGUCCACCACCGCUCGAAGAGCCGGCUGAUCAAGAGGAGGGACCCCAGAAAGAAGUAGAAGUUUCAGAAGUGGGACCCCAGGAAAAAUCAGAAGUUGUAGAAUUGGAAGAGAAGAUACAAGAAUUGUUGAGUAAACAAAAAGAAAUCAAACUAAAGGCUCAAGAGAAAAAGGGAACAGGUGUUAGUAAGAAGAGUCCUGUUCAACCAGAAAAUGUUAUAAAAGUACCAUUGGCAAAUCUUGAAAAGAGUCUGCUACACCGAGAUUUUAAGAUACAAGGUGUAGUUGGGGAACCCGGACAGAAAGAUAAGUUGGGGUAUCAAUCAUUAGUUUCCCAAAUUGAAGCCGGUGUUAGAAAACAAUACUCUGAACUAGAAAUUGUUAAUGCAGUAGUUCGAGCAGUCCAACCAGUACUUCAGUUAAGAAGUUAUUUGGAAAGUGUUACAGACCUAACCUUGCCCAGGCUAAGGAAAAUUAUUCGGUUCCAUUAUCAUGAGAAGAGUGCAACCGAACUCUAUCAAAUGUUAGCCAACAUUACUCAACAACCAAAAGAGGAUCCACAAUCUUUCCUCAUUCGAACUCUGACCAUUCGCCAAAAGAUCAUUUUUGCCUCAAAAGAGUCUGGAAAUAAUAUAACCUAUGAUCAGAGCUCAGUGCAAGGAUUAUUUCUGCAUGCCCUUGAGACAGGGCUUAUUGAUGAGACAAUCCGAGCAAAGAUGAGACCAACCCUCCAGAAUCCUCUGGUCACCGAUGAAGAUUUGAUUGAAGCCAUGAACAUGGCUAUGUCCGCAGAAACCGAGAGAGUAAACAAAUUCAGUUUUUCGGGCAGAAAGUCAGCAAGCAUAUCAACAGUGGAGAUGACAUUUGAAAAAAACAAGGAAAAGAGAGAGGAGGGAAGAGUAUUAGCCGCACUGAAGGCUGUCCAAUCCGACAUGGCGACGAUGCAAAGCGAGAUGAAGUUUCUCCGUGAUGCAGUAACCAAAGUGCCUGAACCGGGGGAUGAAAUGCGAAACAAUGUGGCGACGAAAACUAGUCGACCGAAGCGUGGAUGUAGAGAAUGUGAUGAGAAAGGUUUGUCGGACACGUGUAAUCACUGUUUUCUUUGUGGUGGGGCCAAUCAUAUAGCCAGAUAUUGCAACAUGAAGUUCAGAAACCAGGGAAACCACAAAGGGCUGCCCCCGAGGGACAGGGUGUAGCCCAAUCAAAGACAGAAAUGAAGUCCCACCUUUGUAAUUACUGUUUGAAGAAAGAAAGUAGAUCAAAUGAAUUUCAAAUAUGUUCGAUAUGUAAAAUUGUGCAUUAUUGUUCAAAGGAUUGCCAGAGAAAACAUUGGGUUGAACAUAAGACUCUCUGUACAUCCAUCAAGAACCUCUCAACAACUGCAGGUACAAUACCUGGUUUGGGAGAUUCCGCAGAUACGAACAUGUUUGUCAGUCAUCUCACCCCAAAACAGAGAGAUACCGUAGUGAAGCUUGUUGGGGAAAAGUGUCAAGUCAAAUGCCAACUCAAUGGUAAAGAAACGGAGAUACUUUGGAACACAGGAGCCCAGGUCUCAAUUCUACCUGAGAGAAUUUUGAAGGACAUGUUCCCAGACAUUCCGGUUAAGGAUAUACAUGAGCUUUUGGGGGCUGGAUCAGAUCUAAAGCUAGAAGCAGCCAAUGGAACACAAAUUCCGUACAACGGGUGGGUAGGAGUAAAUUUUAAGCUCCUUAACAAUUCAGCAAAAGAAAUCACAGUACCAUUUUUGGUCACAAAUGAAGACCUUAACUGUCCCAUAAUUGGUUACAACGUAAUUGAACUUUUUGUGAAGGAUAAUGGCCCAGAAACGGCAUUGUCCGCUGUUGCAGAAAGUUUUGACAAUGUCAGUAACACAGAGGCAAGUGCCCUAGUUAAUUUUAUGAACAGUGAUCUUAGCGAAAGUCUUUGCGCAGUUCGAACAUCGAAAAAGAAAGUAGUUAUCCCUAGUGGCCAGACCAUGAAUAUUUCAUGCCGUGCAAACACUGGACCAAUAAGACGAAACAGUCCUGCAUUAUUUGAGCCAGAUGAACAAACCCAUAUGCCAAUAGGUGAGCUCACCUGCUUUUUUCCCGAGCUCACCUGCUUUUUUCCCGAACUCACCUGCUUAUAA